CCGGGCGCGGCGGCGGCGGCAGCGGCAGCGGCCGCGGGGCCAUGGCCGAGUCCCAGCUGAGCUGCCUGGACGAGGCGCACGUGAACGAGAAGGUGACCGAGGCGCAGGCCGCCUUCUACUACUGCGAGCGGCGGCGGGCCGCGCUGGAGGCGCUGCUGGGCGGCGGCGAGCGGGCGUACCGCGAGCAGGUCCAGCGGGAGCGGCUGCCGGACUUCCUCUCCGGCCCGGAGCGCCAGGCCCUCCGCGCCGCCUGGAUCCCCUACGAGGACGCCGUCGUUGCCCCCGCGCGGGGCAAGGCCAAGGCCCCCGCGAAGGGCCCCGCCGAGCCGGACGAGUCCCUGGCCUACUGGCCGGACCGCUCGGACACCGAGGUGCCGCCUCUGGACCUGGGCUGGACCGACACCGGCUUCUACCGCGGCGUGAGCCGCGUCACGCUUUUCACGCACCCUCCCAAGGAAGAGAAGGCCCCGCACCUGAAGCAGGUGGUCAGGCAGAUGAUCCAACAGGCCCAGAAGGUCAUUGCUGUGGUCAUGGACCUCUUCACCGAUAGCGACAUUUUCCAAGACAUUGUAGAUGCUGCCUUUAGGCGUCGGGUGCCUGUGUACAUCAUCCUGGAUGAGGCCGGAGUGAAGUACUUCCUGGAGAUGUGUCAGGGUCUGGGGCUCACUGACUUCCGUAUCCGGAACAUCCGCGUCCGCUCGGUGACGGGGGUCGGCUUCUACAUGCCCAUGGGGAAGAUCAAGGGGACCCUGUCAUCGAGGUUCCUCAUGGUGGACGGGGACAAAGUAGCCACUGGAUCUUAUAGGUUCACCUGGAGUUCCUCCUACGUGGACAGGAACCUUCUCCUCCUGCUGACUGGGCAGAACGUGGAGCCCUUUGAUGUGGAGUUCCGGGAGCUAUAUGCCAUCUCCGAGGAGGUGAACUUGUACCGGCAACUGGGCCUGGCAGGAGGCGCAGGCAGACUUGGCCUUAACUACUCCUCCACCGUGGCCCGCAAGCUUAUCAACCCCAAGUAUGCCCUGGUGGCAGGCAGCCGCCCCCCUCCGGGGGAGAUGAUGCGCUGGGCGAACCGGCAACAGCAGGAGACUGGUGGCAACCCGGUGGGGCAAGAGGAGGGCAACAGCGGUAGCGAGGCAGCCCGGCGCCUGGAGAGCUUCCUGAAUGACCUGGUCACGGUGGAGCAGGUGUUGCCCACCGUGGAGCCCAUUCCUUUGAGGGAGCUGAGCCAGAAGGAUGCCAAGAUGGGCUCUCACCUGCACUCAGACCGGAAGCCAAAAUCCCGAGAGAUUCUUACCCAGAACGGCAAGGGAGAAGCUGCCAACGGGGAGGCCACCCCGGCCAAGGAGGGCAAGCGCUUCGGCAGCAGGUUCUUCAGCCGACGGGCCAAGAGGCCGGCGGUGCCCCACAGCAUGGCCAGCUCCCUCUCCACAGACACCUUUACGGAUGGCGAGCUCCUGGUAGGGAAGAGGCCUGCGGGGGAUUCCAGUGCCGACGUCUCAGGUAAAACAAGUCUGGGUUCCGCUAAGCCCAGCAACUGCGUGGUUUCCUGAGCCCUGGGCCUGCCCUGCCCAGAGAGCACCUGUUUGCACAUCAGACCCCGACCCGCGGGCCUCCAUCCUUCAGCCUCUAUCCUGACCUCAGGGCGGAAUCCCAGAUGGGAGGAUUCGCAGCGCUUCAAGGACUGCCCACUGCGGGACUGCCCACUGCGGGACUGCCGACUGCGGACUGCAGUGGCCAGCAAGGCCACUGCCACCUUGUUUACAGGAAGUGGAAGCUUCACCAGUGUCCGCCAUCCUUUCUGCCCUGCCCUGCCCCGCAGGUUCCCACGUCCUUAUGCCUUCACGAACAGUCUCCAGGGCAGCUCCGGCUGUCUGGCUUCUUCCUUGGGCUUCUGGUGCUUUCUGGUCCCCCUGAGAGGAUGAGUGGGGGGGAGCAGGAAGUUCAAGGUUCAGUCUUGCUCGUUCCCAGAAUUCCAUGUGGAAGACAGGGCUGCUUUGGCCUUCCUGCCCAGUCCCUUUGGGCUCCUGCACCAGACUGGGGUGUGGGGGAAGAUGCCCCAGCCUCCUGAAUGGGGGUGUGUGUGUGAGAGGCCAUUUUUCUCUUCCCUUCCCUACAUACUGCCCCUCCCAUUCCCCCCCCCCAGGCGGGCUAGCCUGAGAACCCCGGCCUCCUUGGCAGGGGCCUGCUGCAGGUCUUGGGGAUUUCAGGGUGCCUUUCCCUGGGCCUGCUCCUCCCCUCAAUGUGCCUUGGUGUAAAGCCCAGUUUGGUUUAGGGUGUGGUGAGAACCUGGGCUCCCCUCCCUAGCCAGGGCUUCUCAAGCAACCCUAGCCUCCGGGG